AGAUUUUUCACUCACUAUAUAUAUAUAUAUCAACAUUCAACACACACUUCAUCACACAAUUCACAACCUUGUAUAUUUUUCACUCACUUUUUUGUCUACUCUUCUAGCACAAUGGUCCAAUCUCAACAAUUUAGCAGUGGAAUAGAGGUUGCAACAUUUGUGACAAGUUCUGGUCUUCUUCGAAAAUUAUGGAAUGUCAAUGAUGCAAACAUUGUUUCAAAUGUUGUUGGUAAUAAUGGACUGUCAUGGAAAGUUUAUAAAGAACAAGAUACUGAUGGGACAAUUGUAGCAUUUGAGACCGCACCGUCGAAUUCUGCCAAUCUUCAAUCUGAAUUGGUUUCAUCUACUGAACUCAAGGAGAAGAAUUUCCUUCAUUUUCAGUUUUUGAGUACUAAAGCAAAUCCUCUUUUUCAUCUUAACAUUGCAGCAGUUUCACUCUUCUUUGAAAAUCAUCAAGGGCUUGAUCAAUUGAAAUCUGAGGUUAAUAGCUCACCUAAGUUGAUAAUCACUGGACUUGCUCUUGGAGGAUCAAUUGCUUCACUCUUCACUUUAUUACUAUUAGAUGGAUUUGACUCAAGAAAGAAAAAACCUCUUUGCAUUACCUUUGGUUCUCCACUAAUUGGUGACAAAGGAUUGCAAAAUUCCAUAUCACACAGUUCUUCAUGGAAUUCUUGUUUUCUUCAUGUUGUUUCUUCCAAUGAUCCACUUCCAAGGAAGUUCAUCACAGAUCAUACUAGUUCUUACGUGCCCUUCGGAACAUUUCUCGUCUGUCAUGAUACAUAUUCUACUUGUUUUGAGAAUUCUGAUUCUGUUUUAGCAGUUCUUGAGACGUCAAUCCAUGACCAAAGUCAAGUGUUUGGUUCUGUGGAGUAUCGAAAUAUUGUUGAAAUACUCCAUCGCAAAGCGAUUUGGAAGGACACCGCAAAUCAGGUUCAAGGCAUGAAUUAUUCUGAUUCACUACAGGCAUGUAUCGGCUUGCAAUUGUUGACACUAGGAUUGAUACCACAUAUGCAGCAGCAGCAGCAACAGGAAAUUGACAUCAUUACUUUGGUAGAAAAGAUGGAGAAUCUAGAGAAAAAUUUCAUCAAGCAGAAGAGGGAAAAAUUUGAUCCAUCAAAGAAAUUGAAUUUAAUGAAGAUAAACAUGGCUGAACUUGAGAUGUACAAGACGAAUUCGAAAAAUAGGAACAUAGGGUACUAUGAUAGCUACAAGAAAAUGAACUCAACAGAUGACCAUGAUGUAGUUACACGCCACAAAAAACUCUCAAACUAUUGGAAAAAAAUGGUUCAAGAUUCAUUGAUGAAGCCUCAGAAAGAAGGUGCGUCCCUUCGUACACGCUGGCUCUAUGGCGGAACAACUUACAGGAGAAUGGUUGAACCAUUAGAAAUAGCUCAAUUCUAUCUCAAUGGUGGUAAAGACUAUGUGACAACAGAAAGAUCUAGUCACUACAAACAAUUGGAGGAUUGGCUUGUAGAAGCAGCAGCAACAACAACUAGUUCAAAUGUUACUAAAGAUAAAGUGGAAUCAAUUUUAACUCUAGAUUCUUGCUUUUGGGCAUAUGUUGAAGAGGCUCUUAUUUCAUGCAAAAAAUUGGAUGAAAAACUUAGUGACAUUGAAAAGGAUGAGGCAACAAGAAAAUUGGUUGAAUUUGAGAAUUAUGUGUAUGGAUUGCUCAAGGAAUAUGCAGUGUCACCAGAGAUUUUCCUUAGUGAAAGUAGCUACAUGGCAUGGUGGAGUCAAUAUAAGAAAAUUAAAGCAGCUUCAUAUGGUUCAAAACUCACAAAUUUUAUGAGCAAUGCUUAUAACUAUAAUGUGCAAUAUGUUGGUGGAACUUAUAAAUUUGAUUGAAGAACUGUCACCUAUGAAGCAUGGGGAUUAGGCGUGUCCUGUGUCGGAUAUGUAUUGCUGUCUGACAUCAACACCAACGCGACACCUAUAAUUACACUAAAUUAUAUCAUUUUCUUAAAUUAUUGUUCGUGUCGGCGUGUCGGUGUCCGUGUCAUGUCCGAUGUCCGUGUUUGUGCUUCAUAGAUUAUCAUAUCCUUGUGGUUUAGCUAUGUAUAAUAAAUGAAAUUCUAUCACCUUAGCUGGAAUUAUUGUAAUUUUUCAUUGAUGAGUGUGAUUUAAGAUUGAAUAUUGUAAGAAUGGUCUCCACUUUCUAUAUAACUUAUUUCAAGAAAUUAUUUCAA